GCGACAAAACUUCUCACCCGACAUCGAGGACCACCCCGCCCGGCAACCACAUCAAGAUGGUGAGUGCUAUUUUCGCUGCUGAUUUCGGCGAGGACAAGAUCGCCCCAUGGAGAGCCUUUUAUUGCCUUGAAAAACCCCCCCGUUGUGAUCCCGAUCCUCGUUCGAUCCUGCCCAUCCCAAUAUGGGCGAUGUCGUUAUCCCGCGAGAGACAGAAAAGAAAAUUUUCGGCCCUGGCAACCCAAACCCACCAUGAGCACCACCACAAGAGACCGUCAAUUGCGUUAGCAUGGAGGAUAUAAAGGGACACGUUUUGCUGAUUCGGGAUUUUCUUGCGUUUUUCAGGUCCGUUACGCUGCUCAGGAGAUUCCGGCCGCUAAGAGCGCCCGCGCCCGGGGCUCUUACCUGCGUGUCAGCUUCAAGAACACCCGCGAGACCGCCCAGGCCAUCAACGGCAUGAAGCUGCAGCGCGCUCUCACUUUCCUCGGCAACGUCACCAACAAGGCUGAGGCCGUCCCCAUGCGGAGGUACGCUGGCAGCACCGGUCGCUGCGCCCAGGGCAAGCAGUGGGGUGUCUCCAAGGCCCGCUGGCCCGUCAAGUCCGCCGAGUUCCUGCUCGACCUCCUCAAGAACGCUGAGGCCAACGCCGACACCAAGGGUCUCGACACCGGCAACCUCAUCGUCAAGCACAUCCAGGUCAACCAGGCUCCCAAGGGCCGCAGACGUACCUACCGUGCUCACGGUCGUAUCAACCCCUACAUGACCAACCCUUGCCACAUCGAGCUGAUCCUUACCGAGGGUGAGGAGUUCGUCCAGAAGGGCCCUCACGUUGUCAAGCGCGAGGAGGCUCGCCUCAGCUCUCGCCAGCGCGGUGCUGAGAUCCGCCGUGCCAUCCAGGCAUAAGCGGUUUGUGGGUGUCGGGGGGAAAGUAGUAAAGUAGUCGGAAAAUGAAUGGGAAAGCCGGAGUUUUCUGUUGUACGGAACAAAUACCUGGUCACGGAAGGAAUACAAAAAUUAAAUUUUUGCCAAAAAAUUCGAAUAUCGCGGGCACCGAUGAUGAUUCUCGGGCUCGUAACUGUUUUGUUAUGAACGUGUUCCUUGCGUCUUGACUCUUGUUCCGGUCUCCCUCUGGUUUUGCCUCUGGACUCGACGAGCCUGGCGAUUUGCACACGGCUCUUGACGACGAACGAAUGUCAUUACCGAGGUACAGCUUGAUCCGGACAUCUUCUCAUAUACUUCGAAAUACUAUUGAGCGUCUUUUUUUC